AACCCUGAGCAGAGGCACUGCAUCCCGACCUCUCCUCUCGCAGCCAGUCCUGGCUGGCUUUUCAGAAGGGUGCCGUUGUCUCCUCCCCGCCCGGCCCCAUCCUCGCCCAGGACCAGCUGUGCCGCGCGGACCGGCCUCAGUAGGGACGUGGUCAGACCCGCGGCCGCAGCAGAGCGAGCCGCUCUCUCCAAUCAGGCACCUUCAGCUUUCCGCUCAGCUCCAAGAGCACGCUUUGCCUCUCCCUCCCGGUCCCGGGGUGCCCCCCCCCGCCUCCCACGCUCCUUUCCGCUGGGAGCUGCUCGUCCCAGCGGGCUGGCAGCUUGCACCCCUUUUUGGUCCUCCGCCUUGAAGCGUGACCAUGCUGUUAAGGGGCGUCCUCCUGGCAGUGCAAGCUCUGCAGCUGGCCGGUGCGCUGGACCUGCCCGCUGGGUCCUGCACCUUUGAAGAGAACACCUGUGGCUAUGACUCGGUAUUUGCGUUCCUGCCGUGGAUUUUAAAUGAGGAAGGCCAUUACAUUUACGUGGACACCUCCUUCGCUAAGCAGGGGGAGAAAGCUGUGCUGCUCAGUUCUGACUUGCAAGUUGAGGAGUGGAGCUGCCUCCGAUUGGUCUAUCAGAUAGCUGCACCUUCUGGGCCUGCAUCAGAUUCCAGCCGACUGAACCUCUACUUGAGAUUUGAGGACGAAAGCUUUGAUCGCUUGCUUUGGACAGCUACGGAGCAUUCGGACAGUUGGCUUAUAGCCAGCCUGGAUUUGCAAAACAGCUCCAAGAAAUUCAAGAUUUUAAUAGAAGGUGUGCUAGGACAGGGAAACACAGCCAGCAUUGCACUCUUUGAAAUCAAGAUGACAACGGGCUACUGUAUUGAAUGUGACUUUGAAGAAAAUCAUCUCUGUGGCUUUGUGAACCGCUGGAACCCCAAUGUGAAUUGGUUUGUUGGAGGAGGAACUGUUCAGAAUUCCCACUCCAUCCUUCCGCAGGACCACACCUUCCAGAAUGAAAUGGGCCACUACAUGUAUGUGGACGCGGUGUACGUCAAGCACUUCCAGGAGGUGGCGCAGCUCAUCUCCCCGAUGACCACAGCCCCCAUGUCUGGCUGCCUGUCGUUUUAUUACCAACUCCAGCAGGGAAAUGACGUCUUCUCCCUUUAUACUCUGGAUGUGACUGGCCUUUAUGAGGAGAUCUGGAAAACGAACAGUCCGGGGCACCCCGCCUGGAACCUCGCUGAAGUGGAGUUCAGCGCGCCGUACCCCAUGGAGGUUAUUUUUGAAGUCGCUUUCAAUGGUCCCAAAGGAGGGUAUGUCGCCCUGGAUGACAUUGCUUUUUCUCCGGUUCACUGCCAAAACCAGACAAAGCUUCCUUUCAGUGCCUUAGAAGCAAGCUGCGAUUUUGAGGAAGAUCUCUGCAACUUUUACCAAGAUAAAGAAGGUCCUGGAUGGAACCGAGUGAAAGUAAAACCAAACAUGUAUCGGGCAGGCGAUCACACUUCAGGCUUAGGGUAUUACCUGCUGGCCAACACAAAGUAUACUUCUCAGCCUGGCUACAUUGGAAGGCUCUAUGGUCCCUCCCUACCAGGAAACUUGCAGUACUGUCUACGUUUUUAUUAUGCCAUCUAUGGGUUUUUCAAAAUGAGUGACACCCUAGCCGUUUAUAUCUUUGAAGAGAACCACGUGGUUCAAGAGAAGAUCUGGUCUGUGCUGGAGUCCCCACGAGGUGUUUGGAUGCAAGCAGAAAUCACUUUCAAGAAGCCCAUGUCUACAAAGGUGGUUUUCAUGAGCCUGUGCAAAAGUUUUUGGGACUGUGGACUUGUAGCCCUGGAUGACAUUACAAUUGAAUUGGGAAGCUGCUGGUUUCCAAAAAAACUCCCACCUACCCCUGGAGAGUGUACUUUCGAUCAAGAUGAAUGUGCAUUUACUCAGGAGAGAAGAAACCGGAGCAGCUGGCACAGGAGGAGGGGAGAAACGCCCACCUCGUACACAGGACCAAAGGGAGACCACACUACUGGGGUAGGCUACUACAUGUAUAUCGAGGCCUCCCAUAUGGUUUAUGGACAAAAAGCACACCUCUUGUCUGGUCCCCUGCGAGGUGUCACGGGAAAACACUGCUUGACCUUUUUCUACCACAUGUAUGGAGCAGGGACUGGCCUGCUGAGUGUUUACUUGAAAAAAGAAGGCAACAGUAAAGGGUCCCUCUUAUGGAGAAGAAAAGGUGAACAGAGCAUUUCCUGGCUCCGAGCCCUGGUUGAAUACAGCAGUGAGAGGCAACACCAGAUAAUUUUUGAAGCCAUGCGGGGAGUAUCAAUAAGAAGCGAUAUUGCCAUUGAUGAUAUUAAAUUUCAAGCAGGAUCCUGUGCAGAUAUGGAAGAUGUAACUCAGCAAUCAUCAGGAUAUUCUGAGGAUUUAAAUGAAGUUGAGUAUUAAGAAAUGAGCUCAAUUGGAUUAACUAAACAAAAGCCAUACCUCUCGUCAAUCAAAAUGGAAAGAAAACAAAUGAAUACUGGACAGUAUUAACUACUUCAUAAGUUAUAAAAUGAUUUCAGAGCACUAUCUUCAUUACUUUUGCAAAAAAAAACACUGACUCAGGGCUUUUUUUUUCUUUUUGCCUAUGACAACUGUUACUAGAAAUACAGGCCACUGGUUUUGCAUAGAUCGUUCAUCUUAAUUUUGGUACCAGUUAAAAAUACAAAUGUACUAUAUUGUAGUCAUUUUUAAAGUAUGCAAAUAAAGGGCACAAUCAAAAUGAGAUGUGCUCACUUAAAUCUGCAUUCAAUGAAUGUAUUGGGAGGAGAAUGUCUUGUGGGUUUCCUUUUGAAUUUCAAAUAUCGUAAAUAUUUUUAAAGAAAUAAUGUGAGGUGUCAGUAAUAUCUGCAGAAUGAAUGCAGUUUUUCAUGAUAACAAGGUAGUCUAAGAAAAUAAAGUCUUAUUUUCUAUGUUUUAGUCAUAGAAAUAGUAUUGAUUUUUAAUGUUUUUACUACAUGUGAUAACAAAGGAUCUUUCAUGGAUGUCCCAGCAUAAGUCAGUAUUAAUUAAUGCUGUAUUUCAAGGCAUUGCUACCAUUUUUCUUCCCCCUUUGAACUACUUUUGAAAGUCGCUAUGAACACAUGGAUAGAAAUGGCACUCUUUUUCUGUAAAGCAAGCUUGAAAAUGUUUAUGUACACACAGCCCAAAAUUUUCAGAAUGUGUUAAAGAAUUUUACUGAUUUUUAUAAUAAAUGAUUUGAUAAGGUUUUCAGUAAUAUGAAUUCCAGCAGAUAUACUAAACUACUGCUUUUUAUUUACAUGUUUAGAAAGUUGUAUAUACAUGUUUGUAUACCCAAAGAGCUAUCAUGAAAUUAUCAGAUUACAUAAUAAAAAGUAAUUUGCAAAUAUU